AUGAGGUUUAACGAGAGCCCUAUGAAUUGGAUUGGCGUAAUGGUUGGUGGCCUUGUGGGCAUAGUGGGUGCGAUAUUGACACUAAAAGAUGGCAAAGUGGCGAUUCCAUUAACCUUCGCUACUCAUAAUAGUAACUCUGACAAAUCUCUCUUUGUUCCCGGUUUGAAAAACCUCCAAAACAACUGUUUUCUCAACGUCGUUUUGCAGGCUCUAGCCAGCUGUUUUUGCUUUCGGAGCUUUCUUCACGGCGUGAUGAGCGAAUGUGGGAACAAGAACCUUGAUGAAAACAUGCCUCUUUCACUUUCUUUGGCUACUUUAUUAGAAGAGCUGAGUUCAAUUAGUGGGGAAAAGGUUACAUUGAGUCCACGAAAGACUAUGCUCGCCAUGUCGAAUUACAUUCCAAACUUUAAUCUGACUAGCCAGCAGGAUGCUGCUGAAGCAUUUCUCCAUCUGUUAUGUUCUUUGAGAGAAGAAUUUGGAGGUUGUUAUGCUCCAAAGAUGAGUUCUUUAGCAGACAUUUUUGCUUCUAACAAUAGAAUUCUUACUCCAAUACAGAGGGACUGCCCAAGUGAGCAAGAAAGAUGGCAACAACUCUUCCUUGGACCUUUUGAUGGAAUUCUUGCAAGCAGCUUAACCUGUCAAAGUUGUACAUCCCAGAUCUCAAUUAACUUGGAACAUUUUGAUUGUUUGCCUCUUUCACCUGUGCUUAGUGAUACUUCCACCAUAAGAGUUAGUUGUACACUAGUGGAUUGCCUGAAGCAGUUCAUUGUUGCCGAACAUGUCGAAAAUUAUCGGUGCAGCUACUGUUGGCAUAAUGCCGCAAUCAAGUAUCUUUCUGUAAUGGAAGAAAAUGAGGUAGAGCUCAAAAAGCUAAGGAGAUGCUCUGAUCCAGAAAUAUGUGAUUGCCGGAAAAUGUAUAAUCUUGAUAAACUACCAUGGUCAAACAGGUUUUCACAUACUCUGAAGCAGCUAAGUAUUGCUAGGUGUCCAAGGAUUUUAUGCAUCCAGUUGAAAAGAGUUUCUAUGAAUGUCUUUGGAGAGCUAGUCAAACUACAGGGCCAUAUUUCUUUUCCAUUGAUUUUGGAUGUGUUGCCAUUCAUGACAACUUGGCCAGGAGUAAAGACACAGGACAUAGAUGUACAAAGUUUGUCAUUAAAUUUGAAGUACAACAGAAGAAAUUUUUUGCCAAAUCAUUCUGAUAUGCAAUCUGAGAUAAGAACAUUGAAAUUCAGUGGCCUUAACGGAGCAAGGAAGGAGCAGAUAAAUUCAGAUGGUCUUGUUGAUGACAGAUUUGUCUCCUCUACAAAUGGACUGGAACUUCAUAAUGACACUGUAUUUCCCUGCUCUGACUCUUCAGAAACCACUCACUCAGAUGCACAUAUGCAAUCAAAUGUUAAGGUAAAUGUUUCUUGUGACUUAGUUUCUCAAGAAACAUAUUUGUAUCAACUAGUUUCUGUGGUGGAACACUUUGGUAAAGCUGGAAGUGGGCAUUACACUGUUUACAGAAGUGCAAGAGUGGAGUCCUCAGAUAUCUCUGAUGAGCAAACUCCAGUGCAUUGGUUUUGUAUUUCAGAUUCUCAAGUGCAUACGGUUUCAGUGGAAGAUGUUCUUUCCAGUGAGGCCAGCUUGCUCUUCUACGAGAGAAUUUCAAGGAACUGA